AUGCCUCGCCACUCCUCCAUUCUGACCUGGACCCUUCUCUCCAUUUGCUCCUUCACAACCCAAGCGCAAACCGUGUACACAGGCGACGGCACAUUCUACUCCCCCAGCGUCGGCCUCGGCUCAUGCGGCCAACAAUACCAAGAUACUGACCUGGUCGCCGCACUGGCCGAGGUCUCAAUGCAAGCCUACAACCCCGGCAAUCCCAACAACAACCCACUCUGCGGCUACAAAGUGAAUGUCUGGAACAACGCGAACCCCUCAACCACCGUCACCGUGACCAUCGUCGACACAUGUCCCGGAUGCCAGGGGCAAUACGAUCUCGAUCUCAGUCCCGCCGCUUUUAACCAGCUGGCCGAUCCCAGUGUAGGCAGAAUCCAGAUAUCCUGGGAAUUCGCUGAGGCGUUUUCGCUGACGACGGGGCCGUUCGCUGGGGCGGUGCCCGGAGAGAGAGUUGCGAUCAACCAGAAGGUCAUCUCGAAUCCCGAAGUCGCCGCAUCGCGAGACGAGCUGUGA